UAUAGGCAUAGAACAGAUUAUUUGCUUUAAAAUGUUUGGUGUCUCGAAAAUGGAUAGCUAUGAUAUUCGUCUCGCCAUCGCCUCCGAUGUAUCCGGUCUCUAUGACUUACUCCAGGAGUAUGUUGUCGAACAAAAACUUGAGGAGGAAUUCAAGAAUUCACGAACUAGUUUUGAGGAACACUUCAACCAAAUACUAUUCAAAGCGCUUGUCAUCGAGGUUGAGGAUGAAACAGAGAACCAGAGGCAGAUCAUUGGAUGUAUUUUCUUUUCCUUCUUUUAUGAAUACAUCGUAGGUGAAACGACUUUCCCUCACUGCUGCUAUAUCAAGCCAGCUUUUAGAAACCGUGGACUUGAGCAGAAAUUGAUCCAGCAUACCAAGAAGGUGUCUCGAGAUGCAGAUACUGACAACGUGUUGACUGUUUUGACACCACUGAACGCCUCAGCCUUAGAACAGGAAGAUAUGAUCAAUCUAACCAGUAGUCUUGGGAUAGAGGUCUGGAUCAUGCCAAAUCCACCUUCAACAUCCACUCAAAAGCGUGACGAUUAUAUAAUCCGUGACGGCACAGAACAAGAUCUAAGCAAUGUUUAUCAUCUCCUCGAAAAGUUGAUUGAGAUGGAGAAUCUUAAUGCUCAUUUCAAAGUCAGCAAAGAAGAAUUCGAACGCGACGGUUCAGUCAACAAAGCACUGUACGGGUCCGUCAUCGUGGAACAUCGACAUCGUGUCGAAGACCAGGAUGAAGAGAGCGAAGUCGUCCAUGACAUCGUGGGUUGUAUGAUCUAUUCUAAGAUGUACUAUGCUCUGAUAGGGCGGACAUAUCUCUUGCAAGGCCUUUAUCUCAAGCCGGCGCAGAAGGGCAAAGGUUUAGGCAAGGCUUUACUCCGUGCAACACUACAGGCUUGCAAGAAACGCAGCGGUGACGGCUUUAUAAUCAUGAUAGACAAUGAGAAUAAGACCUCCCAAUCACUCUUCCGAUCAUUACACGCUAUCAACUUGACACAAUCAACACACAUUGAAUGGAUUCAAGUAAUAUUAUAAGAAAUACGGAUUGUAAAAUGAUUUAGAAAUUGUCUGAAAUAAACUAUUUACCGUACGUCUUGUUUAUAAAUCAGCCUGAGAUAUUAUUAUUUUAUUAAUUUUUUAAUUUAUUUAUUUAAAAUGGUUUAUUUCAUUAAAAAAACAUUC